AUGACAAGAAAAGUGCCAACUAAGCUAUCAUGGAAUUUCAAGAAGGCUGACUGGUCUAAAUUCACAAACCUUUUAGACGAUGAACUUCACACAAGUCCCCUAAACUUCAAACAACAUCCUGACAAACUUUGCAAUUAUAUCAAGAAUAUUAUGAUCGGAUGUGCAAAGAAAACUAUUCCCCAUAGUAUGACUAAACACCAUCGAGUGUUUUGGUCUAAACACCUUGAGGAACUGAAAAGAAGGGACACUCUUUGCAACACUGCUGAUCAGACUGGAAGCGCGACGCCCUUCGCAACACUGCUGAUCAGACUGGAAGAACAAACGCCCUUCGCAACACUGCUGAUCUGA